AUGUCUGUUGGAAAUGAAGGUUUUACUCCAAAGCAAUCAGGCGUUUCUUUGAAAGAACUUAUUGCACAACAACAUCAACAACAAAAGAAAAAAGAAGUUGUAAUGGCAAGUAUUUUUAUUCAAAGGAAAAUUAGUGAAAGUACUGAAGAACCAAAACGAACUAUUAGUUGUGACUACUCACCAGAAACAAAGGAAAAACAUUCUCGACUGAGAGUAGAAGAAUUUUUUAGAACAAUACUUCAUUCUAAUAAUCAGUGUCAUAAACUCGAUAUUCCUAAAUACUUAAUGUUACCAAUUCCAUCUGAUGUUUUAAUGGAAUCAAUUAUUAUUCCACAAGACACAUCUAAAAUUAGAUUACUUGGGACUGCUUAUGCUGCUCACUCAAAUGAUUAUGCAACUAUUUUCACACGGGUAUAUUCAACACAUCGAAUUAUUCUUGUUGUAGACCCUGUUCAUACAAUUAAUGCUGAUUAUGCUUCACAACAAUUUUCAAGUUUAUUCUUUAAAUGUUAUGAAACUCAAUUCUCUUCAAUUACAUCAGCUACAAACACGGUUGAAGCAUUAAUAGAGACUAUGACUGAUAUUGAUAUUGUGUUUUCAAAAAAUAAACUUGUUCCUGUCAACUUUACUCUUUUAAUUAUUUUUAAUGAAGACUGUGGUUUUGGUGAAAGUAAAUCAUCGGUUUUGUCAUUAGUUGUUGGUGAUUUUAAUGUAUUUAAAUUAAAUAAAACAACAGGAGUCAAAAAGAUUUGUGAAGGAGGGAAUUAUAGAAUUGGAGAAAAUACAAAAGAUGAUGCAAAAGUAUGUUUUGAUUGGUCUUAUUUCGACAAUGAUGAUGCUCUUAUUAUUACAACAACAAAGGAGUUCCAAGGCGUUGAAAAUCCAGAAAAAUUUUUAAUGGAAAAAUUUGAGUCAACUGGAGUUCUUGAUAGUAUUAUUAAAGAAACUUCUACUGUCGCUGUUGCUUUUUCUUUAAAUAUAGAUUUGUGGCAUGUUCAUUCUUUUAUGGGUAGACCAAAGAAAGCGUGGUUGAAACCACAAAUGAUUAAAGCAUAA